AUGUUGGGGUGCAGACCAAGUGCUAUUCCAUUUGAACAAGGAACCAAACUGGACAAAGGUGAGAAGGAAGCUCACGUAGAUGCUUCUCAGUAUCAAAGACUCGUGGGUCGUCUAUUGUACUUACAAGCAACUCGUCCUGAAAUUACAUACUCGGUGAACAUCCUUAGUCAAUAUGUGUCAGAUCCAAGACAAAGUCAUUUAGACGCUGCAAAUCGUGUCCUAAGGUAUCUAAAGGGCACACCGGGACAAGGUGUCCUCCUUCCUCGGGCUGGACCACUCACUCUAAUUGCCUAUUGUGAUUCUGAUUGGCUGGGAUGUCCAUUUACAAGGCGUUCAAGAACGGGAUAUCUUCUUCUCUUCAGUGGUGGUCCUAUCUCUUGGAAAACAAAGAAACAAUCGGUGGUGUCGCGGUCCUCAGCAGAGGCAGAAUAUCGAGCCAUGGCCUCCACCGUUAGUGAGAUUCUUUGGGUUAGGUGGUUACUCAAGGAUUUACAAGUUGAUAUCACGGGUCCAACGAAUCUGUUCUAUGACAACCAAGCAGCCCGGAACAUUGCCAGGAACCCCGUCAAUCAUGAGCGAACAAAACAUGUGGAAAUGGAUUGCUUUUUCGUACGUGAGCAUGUGGAAACCAGGGAAAUUUCACCACAAGCCAUCGAAAGCAAACUCCAACUUGCAGAUUUACUCACCAAGGGCCUUGGCACCCAAAAACUUUGUUCCUUAUUGAGCAAGAUGGGCAUUAAAGACUUACAUGCUCCACCUUGA